GCUAGGAGACCACUGCCAACACAGCCGUGAGGAAACAUGUCGACAAGUUACUCUGCAAACCAGUAUGAAAGCGCUUUUAAGUCGCAAAAGCUCCAGAACUGGACCAUCCCAAAGCAAUUCAAAGAGAGACCAUCAGCAGCAGAAGGCUACACUACAUUCAUAGCCACAGACCGUGGUCACCUUCUACCAGGUGUAAGAACAAAGCAUCGAAGUGCGUGGCCAGCAUUCCAAGGCACAUGGGAUUUACCACGUCGUAUUCCUCCUGUUUCCAUGAACCCCACUGCUCGCUCACAAGUGGGCCAGGACCGUCUCAUGACCUGGGGACAGAUGAAAAUCACAACAAAGCAGGCUCACGAGGGCCCUGGUGACAGUCAGGCUAUGAACAGAAACUCUCAUGAUGUGGAAAACAUAAAUGUGGAUCAGCCUGCUGAACAGUCAAAAAUAUACAUUGACCCAGAUGAAAAUCAACCAGAGAAGCCUAAAUCACAGCAUAUCCAGGACCAGUCAAGACCAGCAAGCCAGCAGGCCCAGCCUAUCCCAGAAAACCUUAAUAUAAACCAGUCUAGACCAGCAAGUCAACGCAGCCAACAGGCUCCAUCCAGACCAGCCACUCAGCAAAACCAAGCUGAAUUCAGACCACCAACCCACAACAGCAGACCAGCAUCUCAAGAAAAAUAACACCAAUUAUAAUCAGAUCCCCUGCAUGGGCAGUUAUAAAAGUUCUUCCAUGAAAUGGCAUUACGCAAGUGCAACACUUCUUUGAAAAACACUUUUGCUUCCCCAGAUAUUAUUCUCGCAUUUCCGUUGAUUUAGAACUGUGCUCCCAGAUUGUGCAUAACGUGUGUCAGAACACAUUAACUGAAUUGUUUCAUUGAAGCUAAAGCUGAUUAGUUUUAACUAAAUGGCUUUUGUAUUGGGAUCAGCUUGAAUUAAAUGCUGUCAAUGAAUGAAAUGCAGGGUCAAGUAUUACUAGAAAAAUCACACAUAAAAUCUGAAUUGAAUCAUAUUCUUUUUUUUAAAUGAUAAAAACGGCAUAGAUUUGAAAUAAUUUUCUUUAUUUGCUCAGUAAUGAACAGACACACCUGUAAGCCCCUAUAACACAACAUCAGCUUGAUUCACUAGUCGUCGGUUUAUGCUUUUGGUGCUUGGAAGCAAAUGAUUGAUUUUGGGAGCAGACACUGAAAGAUUGUGGAUGUGAUGGUCCACAUAAAAAUGAAAACUCUGUCACCAUUUACUUACAAUCAUGUCAUUGCAAACCUCUUCCAUUUUCUCUGGAACAUACAGUAAAAUAUUAUGAGGAUUGUGUCCAUUUAAUUAAUUAAAUCAAAUGCUCAGAUUGUUUCAGAUAUCAACAUUUUGGUUCAGCUAAAGGAUAUUAGUCACACAGAUUCAGAAUGACAUGAAGUAAUCGAUGACAGAGUUUACGUUUUUUUUCCCUCUGAACAAAAGUCAAAAAUAGCAACGCAUUUUUCUCUCUCUUGUGAUAAAUGCACAAUAAACAGCUGUAUGGUCAUGCCA